AACAAGUCCUUGUUGUCCUUGGCAGAGGCUGAUGAUGUGACAAGCAGGACUUUCUAUGGCUCCCCUCCUCUCCUUUAGCUUUCCAGUGUGAUGCUGAGCAUCACAACCAGAUGAGGAAAAGCUGCACGUGACAAGCAACAUGCUUUCUCCAGCGAGCACAUGGGCAAGGAAGGCCAGCUCAGCUCUCCCAUCUCACACCCUGCUCAUGACACCGGCAGCAACGUACAAAUGGCCUCAAAACGACACGUGGAGCCUCUGGACCCCGUGAUUUUCACCAAGCUACCUCGGCUGGAGCGAGACCCUGCCGCCAGCUUCCCCAGGGGCCUCUGCAAACCCAGCCCUGGCUCCGAAAACCGUUUCAACUACAAGGGCUCCUACUUUGCCUACGCGCUGCAGAGCCCCGAUGGCCCCGAGCCGCCCCGCGCACGCCGGAGCCCGGCACCUCCCUACCUGCACUAUGGCACCGGUGCCAGCAGCCAGCCCAUGCUGGCAGAGGGGCCGGGCGAGCGCUGCCCCCCGUACCCACCUGAGAGCCUGGGGCCCGGGCUGAAGCGCCCCCCCGGUGCUGAAAAGGGCAAGGACAGGCUGGUGUCAGAACUGGUGAUGACCAGGGAGAAGUGGGGUGGCCUGGGGCCGCACCACCCCUUCCCGGUGAAGAAGCCGGUGGCGGUGAACCCCCUGGCUGUCCCCAAGCCGGUGUACAGGGCUCCUGAGUACUUCAUGGACUCCCGGGUGGCUCUGCCGCUGCAGCAGAGACCAGGCAAUGCAGACUGGGCUCUGCCCACCGCCAGCCCUGCCAGCCACCCCUUCCACCCUGGGGAGCACAGGAGGGGUCCCCACGCCGACCCCAGCCUCCCGCAGCUGCACCCCAGCAUGGCGCUGCCCGCCAGGGAGAAGGUGGGCUCCCCUGUUGGCUUCUCCCCCUACUACACUGUCUUUGAGCAGUACAGGAGCCCCCCUGCCCACCCAUUCCUGGACACCAGCCCUCACAGCCAGAGGAAGGCGCCCGAGAUGUCCAGGCUCAGCCCGGACCCCUGGCACAAGCUCCGUCCACCCGCCACCAGCCCAGUGUACCAGGAGAGGCCACCGGAGUGUUACCUGCAGAGCCACUACCCGCUGCCCCUCCAUAAAGCUCCCCUCUUCUACCCCCCGUCGGCACCCCACAUGGAGGCACAGCCCAGCGGUGCCUACAGAGGCUUUGGCUUUGCGGGAAGCAGGGAGCCCUAUCCCGGCACUUACCUCAAGCCCCAAGCCCCAAGGAGCUACUUCCCCAACCCCUCGGAUACCUACAUGUCGAGGGCAGCCAGCGCCGGCGCGGUGGCAUCACCCCCUCCCAAGCCAGCGGCGCUGCCGCGGGAUGCGGAGCCACCAAGGCAAGCGGGAUACGUGCCGAGCUCCAGCUUUGCCUUCAGUCCUGGUGGCAUGGAUGUAUCCAGCACCUCCAGAGCCCGCAUGGAGCCGGGAUGUGAGCAGCAUCAGGCAGAGGGUUCCCGUCAGCCAGUGGUGGUGAGGCACAGCAGCGCUUUCCAACCCAUCUGCACCCAGGAGAAGGUGCCUGGGGGCUCCAGUGGGCUCACAGAGACAUUUCCCAAAGGGAAAGGCGGCGGUUCCAAUGGGAUCCCAGAGGCCUUUCCCAAAGGAGAAGCGGGCAGCUCCUGUGGGAUCACAAAGACCUUUCCCAAAGGAGAAGGGCGCUGGGUGAAUCAGGAUCCUCCUGAGCAGAAGCCCCCUAACCCUGAGAGAAGAGCCGGUUCGGCCCCCCGGAAGACCCCCAGUGAAGGACCACCGGCUCUCAUCGCCAUAGGGAAAGGAGAUACUUGCAAGGUCAAGGAUGCAGCCAAGGAGCUCAUCUCCCUUUCUCCACCUGCCUCCCCACCAGAGUUGCUGGAAGACCCAAGGGACAGCGAGGUUCCUCCUCCCUCCCCACCCAUGCCAGUGAUCAAGAAGGUCUUCAGCCUGGCAUCCUGUGGAGACUACCUAGAGGGGACCGAGGGCUCAGCCUCCUUCUGCAGGGAGCAUCUGUGGGGGGACACGCCACCCCUAAACAUGGGGGGCAGCCAGGAGCCCAUGGCGGCGGUGCCCACAGCGGCCAGCCAGGAGCUUGUCCAUAGUGGCGUGGAGCAGAGCCAAGAGGAAAGUGGUCACAGGAGUGUCCCUGAAGAGCCGGAGCCUGUGCCCCGAGACCCAGGGUCUGAAGAGGACAGCUCCAAUGAGGAGGAGAGCAAAGUGCUGGACCUCAGCUUGAAGAAGAGACUGGUGGAACCUGGAGAGACCCGCAGGGUGCUGGAUGGGCAAGGGGCGAAGGAGGAGAAAAAGGAUCCAGAGAGGACGGUGAGAGCGGGAGAGGAAACCAAGCCCCGGGGGCUGCCCUUGCUGGUCAAGGUGGCCUCCUUGGACAGGAACAGCUUCCAGAGCUCGGCCUCCUUCUUGUUCACAAAGUACAAGAUCCUGCGCUCCACCCCGGCUCCACCCAGCACCAUUCCCCCUCUAUUCAGCACCAUUCCCACUCCAGCCAGCACCAUUCCUGCUCCACCCAGCACCAUUCCCGCUCCAUCCAGCAUCAUUCCUGCUCUAUCCAGCACCAUUCCUGCUCCACUCAGCACCAUUCCCGCUCUAUCCAGCACCAUUCCUGCUCUAUCCAUCACCAUUCCAACGCAGCCAUCCCGCACCACUCCAUCUCCACCCAGCACCAUUUCUGCUCUAUCCAGCACCAUUCCUGCUCCACCCACCACCAUUUCUGCUCCAUCCAGCAUCAUUCCUGCUCUAUCCAACACCAUUCCUGCUCCAUCCAGCACCAUUCCACCACAGCCAUCCAGAAUCAUUCCUGCUCCAUCCAGCACCAUUCCUGCUCCACCCAGCACCAUUUCUUCUCUAUCCAGCACCAUUCCAACGCAGCCAUCCAGCACCAUUCUUUCUCCAUCCAGUACCAUCCCUGCUCUAUCCAGCACCAUUCCAACCCAGCCAUCCAGCACCAUUCUCUCUCCAUCCAGUACCAUCCCUGCUCUAUCCAGCACCAUUCCUGCUCCACCCAGCACCAUUCCUGCUCUAUCCAGGACCAUUCCUGCUCUAUCCAUCACCAUUCCAGCGCAGCCAUCCUGCACCACUCCAUCUCUAUCCAGCACCAUUCCUGCUCUAUCCAGCACCAUUCCUGCUCCAUCCAGCACCAUUCCCUCUCCACCCAGCACCAUUCCUGCUCUAUCCAGCACCAUUCCCUCUCCACCCAGCACCAUUCCCGCUCCAUCCAGCACCAUUCCCGCUCUAUCCAGCACCAUUCCCUCUCCACCCAGCACCAUUCCCGCUCCAUCCAGCACCAUUCCCGCUCCACCCAGCAGCCCCCCGCGCAGCCCAGCGCCGCCCCCAGCGCCCUGCAGCAGCACCCCCCCUGCCUCCCCGCAGCCGGGCCCCUUGGCGCCGCCGCCGCUGCCCGAGCCCCCCUGCGCGCUGCUGGGCGAGGAGCGGGUGUCGCUGCCCGGGCCCUGCGCGGGCCCGGCGCCGCACGCCUCGGCCGGGCAGUACUUCACCACCCUGCACACGUGGCUCUGCGACGUCCUCUCCUGCUCCGUGGCCAGGUCCUCCCCGGAGCUCCUGCGGGAGUGGCUGAAGAAGGUGGAGCCGGAGGAGGAGCACGGGGAAGCGGUGCCCAAAUCCCCCCUCAAAGCCAAGAACGGCUCCAGGGUCCCCGAACAUCACAAGGCCACCAAGGGCAAGGAGAUCUGGUUGGCUUUCCAGGACGUGGCUGCUCUCCUCGCCAACCUGCUGUCCCAGCUGGAGACCUUCAUGUUCGCUCGCAAGUGUCCUUUCCCACACGUGGUCCGGGCAGGGGCCGUCUUCAUCCCCAUCCACGUUGUGAAGGAGAAGCUCUUCCCCAAGCUCCCCGGGGUCUCCGUUGACCAAGUGCUGCAGGAGCACAAGGUGGAGCUGCGCCCCACCACGCUCUCGGAGGAGAGGCACUUGAGGGACCUGGAGCUGAAGAGCUGCACCUCGCGCAUGCUGAAGCUCCUGGCGCUCAAGCAGCUCCCUGAUAUCUACCCAGACCUGCUGAACCUUCACUGGCACAACUCCAUCAAGCAGCAGCUUGGUUCAAGCUCACAGGCUGGCAAGAACCCCUCCAAUCCUGGCAUGGAGGUUCUGAUGGCAAAGCGAUAGCCAUGGAUAGCACAGAGAAAAAGGAGGCACUAAGGAAGGUGUCAAAGGCAAGAGCUGAGCUGCCCGCGAUGCGGAUGCUGAGGAUGGGGACAGGUCCUUCUGGGAUGCUGGUGUGGGGAACAGGGAUGCUCCGGGAUGAUGAGCUGGCUGGUGUGGUACCCGCAGGGAUGCGCUUGAGCCCCUCACAGCAGCUGGAGCUGCGUUUCUUUUCAUGCAUCAUCUUGUAGAGCAUCUCCCACCUCCAUCCAUGACCAGCCAGGCUGCAGCCGGAGAACCAGGAGGGAAUGGCUGGAGUUCCAGUGGAGCAGCUGCAAGAGGAGCAUGGCCUGUCCUGUUUUAUACACCCCAUUCCCAAUAAACAAACCUUCCUCCUGGUUUUGAAUCUUUACAGUGGUCUGGAGACUUAACCCACCACAACGGGUCGAGGGAACCACAAUGUCUGUAGUUCCAGGACUGAUUUUCUUUUCUUCUUGUUUUAAAUGAAGACAUUUUUUAAACGUUACGAGUUUACCUUUAUAAGGAGCUGCUGCCUUCAGGUUACGUGGAGUUUAUAUAAAAAAUACAGUAAUUUAUACUUGUGGUUUAUUUAAACUCGUGGCUUCUGUUCGCUGCGCUGGACCAGUGGGAGCUUGUUGGGGCUGAGAGCUUCAGUCCCAAUCGGAGCUGAAAAGAGCUGCAAGGAAACCUUUAAAGGCUGUUAAAGAAACUCUACCCAGUGCACCACACACAUCCCAGCUGUCCCAAUGGAGAACGUGGGGCAUCUACCCUUGGGGACAAUCUUGAUGGAGAUGUGAUGAUGUCGGAGGGGUGGGAAGGGGAGUGAUGCAGCGAGACCUUGGGAAUAGAGAUGCUUUCAUCCCUCCUGGAUUGAUGGAAGGAUGAUGGGGAUCCCAGGAGGGAUCGUGGCAGCCUGAACCCCCCCUCGCCUGGUCUGCAGCAGCAGGACACAGCAGAGGCCUUACAAACUCAACACUCGGGUGUUCUUCCAGCUGAUUCAGGGCGCAGAGGAACAAAACAGGGAUUUAUUGUUCUUUUGUAUUUCACUACGGGAAAUAUUUAUUUUAAACUAAGAAAACAACUAAAAAUAAGAAAAAAACCAAGCCUGCCAGAGACUCUUUUUUCGCUGGCCUGUUCUGUGCUCUGUGUUUCUGGUUUUCCACUGGGAUGUACUGGCCAUGGAGGGGAUAGGGAAGGAGGGAGGCAGCUCUUCCUUGCCAUCCACACCUGUGCAUAGCAUUGUAAAGCAGUGUUUGUUAAUAAUACUGUAUUUUUUUGUACAUAUAUAUAUAUAUAUAAGGUUCCAGGGAAGAAAGUUCCUUCACUUUAUUUAAUAUUUUGUAAGAACAUGGAUUUUAGGAGGUGCCUUGCCUGAAUAAAAGGGUUUGGUUCGUUUUCAAA